AUGCGACCAAUUAUUUUACUCUGUCUUGCUGUUCUUGUAUUGUGGACAGCUGGAGGUUCUAAAGAUGAACAUCCAAACGAGAGAAACAAAAUCAGAAAAAUCAGUAAAAGAUCUGCGAGCAACCUGGUACUAGAAAUUGGAGCUUCAGGAGGAGGAGCAAAACCAGGAUUCUCUGUAACUGGUCAGAGAACUAAGGAUGAGACAGCAACCACGCCAAAGGAAGUGGGCUCAAGUGUUUCGACGACGACUGGUGAUUCGAAAACCACUACUACUUCAUUGAAACCGAAGGGAGGCUCAAAUGAAAACAGUUCCGAGGAGGAGCAAUCUGAGUCAUCUUCCAAAUCAACAACUUCUGAAGAGACGCCUAUCACAACAACACAAAGCCAGUCUUCAACUACAACAAAACCUGCUGAAACUUCCUCUCCAGUGAUAUCAACUACGACUACUUCUCCGAGCACUCUAGAAGAUUACACGACGACUCGUGCUUCCAGAACCUCAACUCAAGUCACCUCAGAGACCACUACUAUGAAAACUACUGCGAGCACUCUUCAAGACUCCACUUCUACUACCUCUUCAUCGAAACAACUCGAAUCUGAUUCCAAUGAAAACAGUUCCGAGGAAGAGCAAUCUACCAAAUCAACAAAUUCUGGAGCAAAGACUAUCUCCACAACAAAAUCCGCUGAAACUUCCUCUCCAGUGACAUCAAAUUCUCCAAACACUGAAGCUUCAACCCAAGGCACCUCAGAAACCACUACAUUGGAAACUUCGACGAGCACUCUUGGAGAUUUCACGACCACCAGUGCUUCUACUACCUCUUCAUCGAAACAACUUCAAUCGGAGUCCAUUAAAAACAGUUUCGAGGAAGAGGGAUCUUCCACAUCAACAACUUCUGAAGAAACGACUUUCUCCACUACAAAAUCCACUGAAACUUCCUCUUCAGUGACAUCAACAAUGAGUACUUCUCCAAACACUGAAACUUCAACCCAAGGCUCCUCUGAAACCACUACAUUGCACACUUCGACGAGCACUCUUGGAGAUUUUACAACCACCAGUUCUUCUACUACAUCUUCAUCGAAACAACUCGAAUUGGACUUCAUUGAAAACAGUUCGGAGGAAGAGCAAUCUUCCAAAUCAACAAGGAAGAGCAAUCUUCCAAAUCAACAUUCAACCCAUCGCACCUCUGAAACCACUUCAUUGGAAACUUCGACGAGCACUCUUGGAGAUUCUACGACCGCCCGUGCUUCUACUACCUCUUCAUCGAAGAAGCUUGAAUCAAGCUCCAAUGAAAAUAGUUCGGAAAAGGAGUCAACUCUAUCGUCUACCAGAACAGACACGGCUUCCACCAACAGCCCAUCGUCAUCAACGACUAAGCCACUUCCAACUACUCCACGAGUCACCACAACCACUAAAAAGGCGCCACUGACCAUCUCUGAAUUGGUAGAAAGUUUGGAAGAGGGAGUGGAGUACACGAUAGACGGAGUGCAGAUUGUGACCUGUCCGUCAUACACAACAACUACAAAGACAACGAGUGGUACGCCAGCUAUCAGUAGUAAAUCAACCGGAACCUCUCCCACAACAGUCAAAUCAACUUCUACUCCGAAACAAGGAUCAUCUGAAGCGACUACAUCAUCUGCAGACAUGACGUCUUCAACAUCUACUCGUCCAGGAAGUUCAGUCUCAGUUUCAUCUCCCACUACCUCAUCUGUAUCUGCUUCUACGACCUCUUCCUCUCGUUCUCCCUAUUCAUCCGCCACGUCAUCUUCCACAACCAAAAAACCAAUUGAUGGAAUUGAAAAAGGAGAAUCAAGGACAACUACUAACACCUUCAAGCAAGAAAAUACUUCAUCAUCUAGCAGUCGUUCAUCAGAGACCUUCACGACGGCUCCGGUUUCAUCGAUAUCUUCAACUACAGGAACGAGCUCGUCAAGUGGAAGUACAUCCGGAACUACUAGUCGAUCAUCAUCAUCUCCUUCUCCUUCUUCUUCUUCAAAGUCUACCACCACAAGCAUCACGAUCGACAAAGAGACUACCAGGGUGACCUCAACGACAACUGGCUCCUCAACACCAACUGAUGUUACCGAUGUCUCUUCGGGCUCCACUACUCCAAAAGUCCAAACUUCAGCAUCUUCGACCAGUGAACAAGGCUCCCCUUCUACCAGUGCCGUCACCGCUAUCUCUGAUGCAUCGACAGUUGUGACUGAGAUCCAAUCGACGACACCUGCAACUUUUCCCACUGAUUUUUCACCGGAAACUAGAACUACAAGCUUGGAAACGUCUACAGUGCAACAUCACUCAUCUGACAUCGUGAGCACCACCAAACAUUCAUCUGAGGGUACAUCUUCAACGAGCAGCUCGGUGGACGAAGAAUCUUCGAGAGGAUCGUCGACGACAUCUGAGACAAACCUGAGACAUACUACUGAAACAGAAAAUGAGGCGUCUAGUGGAAAAACCCAAAGCACCACACACUCUUCGGAUAGUACCUUGACAACAGAAGAAACGUCGGAUUCAUCACUUCCGAAGACAUCAACCAAAGCCACUGGAUCUUCUGACGAGCAGACCGAGUCCACUGAAAGAGUCUCGAGCAAUACUUCGACUACUUCGACGACCACGAGUGAAUUAAAAACCGAAACUCCAACCACGUCUUCCGGAAAUGUUUCCACUUCCUCUCAAACAACCAGUGCAUCCACUACGGUAACCGGAUCUUCUCCCGUUUCGAAAAUUAAAGAUUCAUCGUUGGAUGUGGCUAACACGACGACACCCAUGAAGUCCACUCAGCCGACGCCUUCUGCAACGUCUGAGUCUUCUUCAGGAACCGAAUCCACGAAAACUUCCUCGACUAUUUCUGACGCGACGAGAGGGAAGACAAGUAGCACCACAUCUACUCCAACAUCUGUGAAGCCAUCAAUAUCGUCAACAACUUCAAUCAUCUCCACUGACUCCUCUACAGUCACAUCUUCUGUGAAGACCACGUCAACAGCUCAGAAGAGCCCAGAGACUACAGCUACCAGUCAAUCGACGAAGGCUACGAGCUCUGCUCCUUCUUCGAGAGCUCCAGCUACAAAAGAGACCACCUCCAAUUAUGUGUCUUCCACCAGAACGGAGAAUUUGAAGACAAUAUCAUCUUCUCCAGCAACCACCUCCACCACUUUGAAACAAAGUUCCUCGAGUACAACAGCGAAACAGGAAUCGACCAAGCCAUCGACCACUCGUACUUCUCCGUCGUCAACGGUAUCCUCCUCAAUUGCUCCAAAGUCAACGAGCUCUCCAAAAUCGACCAAUUCGGUGCAGCCAGCCACAACUCGGAAGUCAUCUUCUCCAUCGUCUCCAUCUACUCCGACAUCUUCUCAGUCAUCGACUCCGACUCGGACUUCUUCAGCGGUGAAGUCAUCUCCAUCGUUCUCUCAAACGUCUUCAACCCUUUCCACAAGUCCUCGAUCCACCACCUCCACCACCUCAGACCCGCGAUGCCGUCAACAAUGUCCAGAUGGAUACCUUAUUGGAACAAAGUAUUGCUACCUGCUGUACCGUGGCUCGUCUCGAAUCAACUCAUACCAGGCCGCUUUGUCACAAUGCAAGACCGUCGACCGUCAGACACUGGCGUCAUUCGAUAAGAUCGAGAACAAGGCGGACAUUCAAAUGAUACAACAGAGUGCUGCACUCAAGAAUAUUGACUGGAUUUACACCAACGGAAUGGGAGGAUAUGCAGAGAGGUUUAACAAGGCAGCGUCGGUUUACAGUAUCUACAACCAAACAGUUGUCGGCACUCCAAUCAUCAAGACUGUUGGCAUUUCGAAAUCUGCGGAGAACAUCUCGGCACUCUGUGUACUUCCACAGUACUGCAACCAGAACGAGUGCAACAUUGGAAGACUCUUCAUGGCGUACGGCUACUUCGAGAACUUUCGUCACAGUACUGACCUCCUCCACCCACAACAAACUGCCACUGUCACUUGCAUCUAUGGAAAUCAGAAGUUCGCGACAGUGACGUGCAACAGUCUCGGAGCCAUCUAUCCCAGCCCGAGUCUGAUCGAUUGUGAGGAGAAAAAGUACAUGAAACUCGAGGACACCACCAAUCAGACAGUUGCCAAUUGUGGAAUGUGCUAUCUGAGAGGAACAGAAGAUUGUAAAGUUGUGGAUGAGAAGGAGAAGACAUUCAGAUGUAUCUGCAACAAAGACUACUAUAUGAGAACCUGCUGGAAGAUGUUCAAUCCGUGUAAUGCGACUGUCUGUGGACCAAAUGGAAAAUGUGGAUUCAAUGGAACUGCGAUGUUCUGCACAUGUGGUUGGGGAUGGACAGGAGAACGUUGUGACCAACUGUUAAAGGAAAAGUAUAAGGGAAACAAGGGAUACUCAACGACAGUCGGAGCAACCAUCACUCUCGGAGGAUUCUUGUUCCGAGCUCUCAAGGUAGCCUUCAUCGGAAUCACAUUCUCGGAACAAGAAGAUGAUCCGCAAGACACCCACCAACGCUUCCGAUCGUACCUAAUGUCUGCCGCUGGAAUCAUCAUGACACUCUUCAGUAACCCGACGGUGUUCGGAAUCGACCAACCAACGUGCCGAUUCUACUUCAUUGCCCUCCACUUCUGCUACAUCAUGGCAAUGACCCAGUGGGUUUGGGAGGGCUUCAACGUGAACCAAGUGAUCCGAUUCGUCCAUGCAAAUGAAUGGGAACGGGAUUGGUACGGAAACCGACCACUGGGAGUCCAACUGGCGCCUCGAAUGAUCGGAACAACUGUUGUGGUGUCCUCCUUCCUUCUCAUCACAUUCCAGACAGGAUGGUAUCGAUUGGCUGCCGAUUGGACCUGUGUCGGGGUCGUCUGUCAGCAGACAGUCAACAUUUGGCUUCCCAUCUUCUUCGGUGUCGGCGUUCUCGGAAUCACCGGAUUAGGCUUCUAUGAGUGCAGCUUCCUCAUCGAACGUCGUCGCCCACUUCUCGGAUACAUGAUCGACAUGAAGAUAGAAAGAGAGUUGGGUCAUGUCGUUGGCCGUCGUAUCCAGAAGUGCAGGGACAACGAUUUCAUGGCUUUGAUGGGUCUCGUGCUCCUAAUCAUCCAAUGGAUCUCCGUCAUCUUCUCCUCCGAUCGUCGAGAUGACCCGAUGUGGGGAAUCAUCACCGUCGUCGCGGCUUCAAUCUACUCGGCGUUUUGCGCCUUCCAGGAAAUGAUGACUUGUCCAGAGGACAAGGCCAAGUUUGUGGAAUUCCUCCAACGAUUUGCUCCUGACUUCUUCGCUCCAACGUACAACGAAACGACGAUGUGGUCGAUCUUCGAAGUGCGUCAGAUGUUCAAAUUGCCGAAGGAGGAAAGAGAAGCAGUGAUGGAAGGAUACCUGACGAUGAAUGAGCAGUUGCACCUGCAUCAUCGAUGGAAUCUCCGUCUGAAUCACUUCUUGGGAGAAGAACUUGUCUCUGUGGAGCCAGAUGACAAAAUAAAUGAGGCAUUGCAAAGAGUCUACUUGGAGGAAAUGAGACGGAUAGAGGACAACAACGGAACCGAGGAGGAGAAACGGAGUGUUCAAGAAGCGUUCGCCGUGUACCAUAACUCGAUCCCAUUCAAAGUAACACCGGAUGCCGGAGAACUGGAAGGACGACUGGAAUUGGUGACACUAGCCUCAGAGGAUCCCAAAUUUGGAAUUCGACUCGCCAAGUUCUUCAUCGUUCCCGAAUUUCAUACGUUUCAACCAGAAGUACCCGCACCAGGACAACCGUAUGAAAGAUGGAGAGAGACGUUACACGAGAGGAGAUUUUAUCAGAAUUUAGAAAAGGACAUAUACCUGAUUACCCGUCAAGCAGCUCAUGAACAGGCUACAUUCAUCAAUUCGGCGAUUCUCUUCUCGGUCUAUGGCAACAAUGUCGCGAGAUGA